ACGCGCGCGGCGCCGGCGAGCGGGAGGGCGGGCGCGGCCGGGAAGGCGGCGCGCGCGCGCCCUGACAGCUCGGCCUUGCUCGCUCACUCGCUCGUCCCCGGCUUCCGAGCACAGCAUGGCGGUCAAGGUGCAAACAACCAAGCGAGGUGAUCCUCAUGAGUUAAGGAACAUAUUCCUACAGUAUGCCAGUACUGAGGUCGAUGGAGAACAUUACAUGACCCCAGAGGACUUUGUGCAGCGUUAUCUUGGACUGUAUAAUGAUCCAAAUAGCAAUCCGAAGAUUGUGCAGCUCUUGGCAGGAGUAGCUGAUCAAACCAAGGAUGGGUUGAUCUCCUAUCAAGAGUUCUUGGCAUUUGAAUCUGUUUUAUGUGCUCCAGAUUCUAUGUUCAUAGUGGCUUUCCAAUUGUUUGACAAGAGUGGAAAUGGAGAGGUGACAUUUGAAAAUGUCAAAGAAAUAUUUGGACAAACUAUUAUUCAUCAUCAUAUCCCUUUUAACUGGGACUGUGAAUUUAUCCGACUGCAUUUUGGGCAUAAUCGGAAGAAGCAUCUUAACUACACAGAAUUCACACAGUUUCUCCAGGAGCUACAACUGGAACAUGCAAGACAAGCCUUUGCGCUGAAAGACAAAAGCAAAAGUGGCAUGAUUUCCGGUUUGGAUUUCAGUGACAUCAUGGUUACCAUUCGGUCUCACAUGCUUACUCCCUUCGUGGAGGAGAACUUAGUUUCUGCAGCUGGAGGAAGUAUCUCACAUCAGGUCAGCUUCUCCUACUUCAAUGCAUUUAACUCCUUACUGAACAACAUGGAGCUUGUUCGUAAGAUUUACAGCACUCUAGCCGGCACAAGGAAAGAUGUUGAAGUCACAAAAGAGGAAUUUGCGCAGAGUGCCAUACGCUAUGGACAGGUCACUCCACUAGAAAUUGAUAUCCUCUACCAACUUGCAGACUUAUAUAAUGCUACAGGGCGCUUGACUUUGGCAGAUAUUGAGAGAAUAGCCCCGUUGGCUGAGGGGGCCUUACCUUACAACCUGGCAGAACUUCAGAGACAGCAAUCUCAUGGUUUAGGGAGGCCUGUCUGGCUCCAGAUUGCCGAGUCUGCUUAUAGAUUCACUCUGGGCUCAGUUGCUGGAGCUGUGGGAGCCACCGCAGUGUACCCUAUAGAUCUGGUGAAAACCCGCAUGCAAAACCAGCGCGGCACUGGCUCUGUGGUUGGAGAGCUGAUGUACAAAAACAGCUUUGACUGUUUUAAGAAAGUCUUGCGCUACGAGGGCUUCUUUGGACUCUACCGGGGUCUGAUACCACAGCUUAUAGGAGUUGCUCCGGAAAAGGCCAUUAAACUGACUGUCAAUGAUUUUGUCCGGGACAAAUUUACCAGAAGAGACGGGUCCAUUCCACUUUUAGCAGAAAUCCUUGCUGGAGGUUGUGCUGGCGGCUCUCAAGUCAUCUUUACUAAUCCACUGGAGAUAGUAAAGAUUCGCCUGCAGGUAGCUGGAGAGAUCACCACAGGACCCAGGGUCAGUGCCCUGAAUGUACUUCGGGACCUGGGGCUUUUUGGUCUGUAUAAGGGUGCCAAAGCGUGUUUCCUCCGAGACAUUCCCUUCUCUGCCAUCUAUUUUCCUGUUUAUGCUCACUGCAAACUGCUUCUGGCUGAUGAAGGUGGACACGUGGGAGGUGUGAAUCUCCUUGCAGCCGGAGCCAUGGCAGGUGUGCCUGCAGCUUCUCUGGUGACUCCCGCUGAUGUCAUCAAGACAAGACUGCAAGUGGCCGCCCGUGCAGGCCAGACGACAUACAGUGGCGUCAUUGACUGUUUCAGGAAGAUACUCCGGGAAGAGGGGCCCUCAGCAUUUUGGAAGGGGACUGCAGCUCGAGUGUUUCGAUCUUCUCCCCAGUUUGGUGUUACCUUGGUCACCUAUGAACUUCUCCAGCGGUGGUUUUACAUUGAUUUUGGAGGCCUCAAACCCUCCGGCUCAGAACCAACACCUAAGUCACGCAUCGCAGACCUUCCUCCUGCCAAUCCCGACCACAUCGGUGGAUACAGACUUGCCACAGCCACUUUCGCUGGCAUUGAAAACAAGUUUGGCCUUUAUCUCCCCAAAUUUAAAUCUCCUAGCGUUGCUGUAGUUCAGUCAAAGGCAGUGGCGGCGGCAGCUCAGUGAUGAGACAACUGUUGAGUGUGGCCAAAUGGUGCCCUGGAGAGAGAAGCCUAGAAGAGCAGCCCUGUAAUGUAUCCAGUCAGUUGCAUGGUGCUGACUGAGCUGAGGAGUCAGACUCUUCUUUCUAUAUGACAUAUACAUAUAUUUGUUUAUAAAGUAAUCAUUUGCCCAGGAAAAAGCAACAACGCAGUUUCGAGCUUUAGUGUUAAGUGUUGAAAUGUUUUCUAAGCCUUGGCAUGAAUUAGUGUUCUAGACUGCUUUGCACAGCUUGCACUUAUAGUGACUGUACAUAUUGUACAUCUUUGUACAGAGACAUCUUGGCACCUCAUCCCAACAAAUCACGUUUAUAGAAUGUACUGCGGUUCUAAGUGGCUUGAAAUGUACAGAAUGUUUUGAAAGUGUUUUAUUAAGAGUCACACAAAAAUAAAUGUAUUAAAAUUAAAUCCAUUCUCUUAUUGGUGACUUAUGGAAAUAAAGCAUCAAUAUUGGAUGUAUUUAAUUCCCACUUCAUUUUCCAUUCUGGAAUGAAAAGGUAUUUGCUGAUAGGAGGCAUAACACGACCAAGCGCUUACACCACUGAAUCAGAGAUCCUUUGGAAAAGAUGCAUGCUAGUGGAAGCCAGAGGACCAGGCUAAUGACUUGUGUGUGCUGAUGUGUUUCCAUUUGUAUUUAACAUGUGUGUAGAUUCUCCUGUGUUCAUCAGCCGAAAGGCAUUUCCUCGCUAGCUCCUCUCCUGUCGGUGUGCAUAUGGAACAGGGAUGUCUCCAGCACUACUGACUUAGUUUUGCUUUCCUCUGACACAGCAAGGCAAGGGCCUAGCUUUCAAGAUUAAAGGAUACUUGGGCAAUUUUUCUUCAUAUGGAUAUGAUUCCAAAAAGAUAAUAAAAUGCACACCAAAAUGUAUCCAUGUAGUUGGAUUUUCCUUCAUAAAUAGAGUGAUAGUGCUUUUUAUUUUGAUUCACUACCAGUUCCAAAUAACUCGUGAUCAGGUGUCCCUCUCUCCCACCUCUGUAGGAAAUUAUUUGAUUAGGAAAGGGUGAUGGGAAUGAGGGGAGGGAAGAAGAAAAUGAGAAGCUGUAUCUUGUGACUUUUAGUGGGGUCUAGGUUCUUCCUUAUGAAUCCAAAUCCAAACUACUUAUUCCAAAAGUCACUCGCCAAGGGUGUGAUUACUAAUUUAGAUCUAAACAUGCAUCUUGACAGCCACAGUUACAUUUUGCCAGGGUUGUGAUUUGAUGUGUACAUCAGAAUUUACUUUAGCAAAGUGCUUUGAGAAAACAUUCUUGCUAUUGCCAGUAAGCCAAGAUAUGAGAAUGUAUGCAAAUAUUUUCAAGGGGCAAACUUGGAGAUAGACCCAGUCACUUAGAAUCCUACGCGGCACUUAUCACUUGAUGGCUGACAGCCCUGUAACACAACCAGAAGCUCUCAGGCCUUCAAGGAACAGAAGACUUGCUUUGAAAGCAAGCUAUUUCCAAAUGUAUUCAGUUCUCAUUGGAAUGGAAUAAAUAGCAAUACAGUUGUUUCACUAUUACCACCUGUUAGAAAUAUGCAAGUAGUCCAUGGAUAUGUUCUUACAAAAGAUUCAUAGAAUAUCUGUGCAUAUAAUUGACCUUUGAACAACUUGGAGGCAGGGGACACCAACCCCCAGUAGAAAACUGGAGUGUAUUGACUCCCUGAAAAUUUAACUACUGAUAGCCUCCUCUUGACCAGAAUCCUUACCAAUAACAUAAGCAGUCACUUAACACAGAUUUUGUACGUGUAUUUUAUACCGUAUUUUUAUAAUAGAGUAAGCUAGAGAAAAAA